AUGAAGCUUUUACAGAAUCCAGUAUUUCCACAGAAUGUUUUGUUUGUUUUGUUUUUCUUAGUUAGCCAUUCGGAACUAAGAAUACUGGCCUCGGUGACUGUCCGGAAGUCUUUUAUGGUUGCACAUAGACCUUUGGAACGCAUCCAGCAGCUCUGUUAGGCUGGGGAAAGAGUAGUGCUGGUGUCAGGAUGGCAGCGACAGCAGGAUUGUCUCGGUCUCUGGUCCGCACUGUGAACGAACUGUUGAAGAAGAGAAGAUAUCGAACUGCUCUUGCUGUGAUCAAGGGUUUCCGCAAUGGAGCUGUGUGAGAGAGAGAUACCCUUACUAUAAUCUAGAGGGGACAGGGGGGCUGUAAGAGGGAGGGAAUCUAAGGUGUAUGAUAAAGGGCUGUAGGUGACUUUGAUGAACUGCUAUAGGAAAUUUUAUAUAUAUAUAUAUAUAUAGUCUUUCGGGGUGAGGAAGCAAUUCUGAAAUUUAAAAUGAAGGGUAUGUGCAGGUUAAAGGACCAUGCUAGGCACCCAUACCACUUCAGCUUAAUGAAGUGGUCUGGGUGCCAGGUCCCUCUAGGAUUAACCCCCCCUUUUUUUUUUUAUAAACAUAGCAGUUUCAGAGAAACUGCUAUGUUUAUAAAUGGGUUAAUACAGCCUCUAAAGCCUCUAGCGGCUGUCUCAUUGACAGCCGCUAGAGGCAUUUGCGUGCUUCUCACUGUGAAAAUCACAGCGAGAAGACGCCAGCGUCCAUAGGAAAGCAUUAUGAAUGCUUUCCUAUGAGACUGGCUGCGCGCGCAGCUCCUGCCGCACAUGCGCAUUCAGCCGAGGAGGAGGAGAGCUCCCCGCCCAGCACUGGAAAAAAGGUAAGAUUUAACCCUUUCCUCGCCAUCCAGCCCGGCGGGAGUGGGACCCUGAGGGUGGGGGCACCCUCAUGGCACUAUAGUGCUAGGAAAAGGAGUGUUUUCCUGGCACUAUAGUGGUCCGUUAACUAUAUUUCACCUAUUUCCAGGAGCCUAUAUAGUUGUUAUAAAUAAUAACUAUUCUCACUUUGCAGGAUCCUUGAUAUACUAUUUUAUUCUAAUAUCUGGUCUAUAAUAAGAUUACAUAAACAUGAGUGGUUAGCAUAGUUCUAAAAAACAACAAAACAGUAGGUAAUGUGUAGAAGUGGUCAAUGCCUGUAUCCUGUUCCAUUACAUAUUUUGAAAGGGACACCAAAAGUGCCAUAAGUGCCUAUAUAUCUUACACAUGUUGUGCUGAAAAUAUUACUAUCUUCCAAUUUUGUCCAAUCUUCUGCUUAUUUAAAGAUGCAGCUAUAUAAGCGCACUUCCAUGUUCGUUGAGAACUUAUUGCUCUUGUUCAUCAUUUGCUGUUAUGUGUUUAUCCACCGGUUUUGUACCUUAAGUACUUUAGAACCGUGCGUUCACUCUUUGAAUUAAUUUAUAAAUUAAAUUUAAAAAUGCAUAGAUUUAUUAAUUGGAGUACCCGAGUAGCUGAGAGUAUGCUGCCUUCACUUUAUUUGUGAGGGGUAAACUUGCAUCUGAAGUGUCCAAUUUAAUGACUUGUUUGAGAUUGCUGGAUUAUAGGAAUGAAUUACCGGUAUAUUGACUGAUGGGAGGUUAAAUGGAACUUGUUACUAUUGGCACACCUGUCACCUGUAUCACCAUUUACUGGACAGCCUGUUUCUGGCAUAUGUUGUGCAGUAUACUCAGAAUGAUGGUAGUUAUCCAGAACAAUGUCAGUAACCAACUAUUAAACCUGUCACUAUGAUUUUCUUUACUAUUUUAAUUUUAGGAGAUCUGGCACAUCCUAGAAUUUUUUAUAUUUUUUUUUCCCUGCCCUCUAUAUUUACCAAAUACAUUUCUUUUUUUUUUUUAGAGAUGUGAACAUUAAAGUUACAUUGAGAAAUCCAUGCUUCUAUCUUGGAAUUAGUCACCUCAAUCUUGGCAAUGUUACUAGAGAGGGGAAAAAAGCACAUUCGCAAUUGAAAGGAUUUUUUUAUUUCUUAAACAAAAAAGUUUUGUUUCAGAAAAUUCACUUUUUUAAUUUUUUUUUAAAUAUACACCAAGAGCACCACCGUUUAAAUCAACAAAAAAGAGGCGCAGGGCAAAACUGUCAGGAAGACUACAAACAGGAGAAAUGUGAUGCAGAUGUAGGAGAAUACAUGCACAAACAGAAAGUGUGGCGCAAUUGUAGCGUCUAAACCGCUACGGUACUUUUUUUUUUAUAAAUCACCCCUAAUGUUUCUGUUCUCUUUUGCAUUGUGAGCUUGGGCUUGACUGGAUUGUGAUGUAAUUUGGUAAAUCUUAUAUACAUAUUAAAUAAAAACAGAUUAUCUUAUGAAAAAAAGCUCAAUGAUUUUCAAUGCUUUAAUAUUUUAAUUUCAAGAGAAAUGACAGUUCUGUUUUAAGCUGUAUGAAGAUGCAGACCAAGUGCACACUUCAGGAAUAUUCGACUCAUUAUAUACAAACUUUGCUUCCCAUGAAAAAAUUCACUCCUCCUAUAAUGAAGAUUCUGGAGAUAUGUUAUGGAGCCAUUAGUGAAUCCAAGUUCCAUGAACUGUUGGCAGCCAUUAUCUGUAGUUUAUUGGGGGUGUAUGGCAGUUGUAGUUCUCUUACCACUGGUAAUUCAGUUUCUUACUUCUGUUAGAGGGGACAACAUAAGGAGGCAUUUGAAUAUAUGGAAUGGCAAAGGUGAGAGUAUAAGGAUAUGAAAUAUAGAUGAGGGUAGCUACAGCAACAGUGUUCCGCAAGUGAGGAAAUUCUGCAAAGCCACUAUUGCCUCAUUUAGUUGCCCUUUGACAGGUCUACAUCUGCUUCUUGCAGUUGUUUUACAAUAAAAAUCAGUGGAGACUGUUGCUCAGUGUAUUUUUACUGUGCUACUAAUGCAGCAGAACUGUCCAAUUGAGACUCUUAUAAAUUAUAACUUUUGUAUGGCUCUCAACUUGCCUGAAAAGUUUUUAGUUUCUUAUGUAUCACAUAAUUUAUGUAGUCCUGAUCUCAACACACUAUUGUUUGGCUCUGGCACUGUCACCAUCUGGGGACUUUGCAUUAUUUGCAAAGACCCCCAAUGGUGACAUCACCACUGGUGGUCUGGAGGCUGGGAGGGGGCAGAGAAAUGCGAACUUGUCCCUUGUGGGCACUGCCAUCUUUUUCUGGCUGGUCCUCUUUUGAUGUAUGAGCCGUACUCACUGCUGUUUUCUACUUCAUUGAGGUCAAUGGAGUAUCCCAUGAGGCUGCAGGAUGCUCCAUAGGCAGAGCCAAUUAAGGCUGGGGCACUGACACUUCUUGAUGGUGUUGGCUCUGGCCAGUGUCUUAGAAAGUCAGGCAUAGGAGAUAUACUGAGGCAAAGUAGUCCCUACAUAAUCUCAGUUUAUCUUUUGAAUUGGUUUUAGUUUCAGUGAAAUUCCAACAAAGCCAGUUUGAGUAUUUCAUAAAGAUUUUAUGACGAUACUGCUUUAAGAAAAUAGACUCCGUUAUUUGGCCUUUUCCCAUCAAAGGGUCAAUCUAAUCACAUACCAACUGUGAAUUAUUGCAAAGAUUAUGGUGUGUAGAGUGUAUCCUACCUGUUAGUUCUGAGAGUGGCUUACAACUGCAGUGACCUGUCUGUCAAGCUGUGCAUCAAAACAAUCACUAUGUAUAAGUUACAGAUAUCUAUUUAACCAUUGGCGAGUGUGUGUGUAAUGUAAUUGUAUAUUUUCUUUUCAAGGUAUGGAGCAAAAAUCCGAGCCCCACAUGCUCUAGUGAUGACAUUCCUGUUCAAAAGUGGAAGGUACGUUGGGGUUUACGUUAAGACAGAUAGUAAUUAAUUUGAAAGAUGUGCCAACAAUUUAUAACAUGGUAUUAGGAUCUGCUUAGUCUUAAUUACUCCUAUUUUUUUCACCUUUUCACAAAUUACACUAAAAUACAAAAAUGGCAAUUGUCCAAUCCAGUGCUACUCUUAGAAUUAUUAUUGUUGUUAUUAUUAUUUAUAAAGUGCCAACAAGUUCCGUAGCGCUGUACAAUGGAUGGACUAACAGACACGUAUUUGUAACCAGACGAGUUGGACACACAGGAACAGAGGGAUUGAGGGCCCUGCUCAAUGAGCUUACAAGCUAGAUGGAGUGGGGUAAUGAAGGCUGCACGAGCAUCCAAGCUUCCUCCAUAGGGAACCAGUGUAUUCAAUGAGUUUCUGCAUGACGUGAUUUUAACUCGGUCAGUGCAAUGGAUGUGCUGCUAGUGGCUAUCCACUGGAGGUCGAUUUAACCAUGCAAUGAUAUAAAAAAAAAAACGGACAGGUCCACUGUAUCCAGACCGCUUCGUUGAGAUUAAGGUGAUGGUCUGGGUGACUUGAGUGUCCAUUUGAAUGCUGAAGUUAAGUAACAUUUGUUUUACAUGGAACAACGUCUAUAAAAACAAGACUUUGUCAGAGUUAUUCACUAAAGUGAAAUUUGUCAGGAAUUCAAAGAGAAUUUCACAUUUAAAGGAGCACUGUAGUGCCAGGAAAACAAACUCGUUUUCCUGGCACUAUAGGGUUAUUAGGUCCCCCCUCCCUCGGGGUCACCCUCCCGCUGGGCUGAAGGGGUUAAAAUCCUUUCAGCCACUUGCGCCAGGCUCUCUCGGCGCUGGUGACCUCUCCUCCCUCCGACGUCGGCUUUGAAUGCGCAUGCGCAGCACGUGCGCCCAUUCAAACCGCCCAUAGGAAAGCAUUACUUAAUGCUUUCCUAUGGAUGCCACCGUCAUCUCAGUGUGAUUUUCACGGAAGGGGCCUCUAGUGACUGUCAGGGAGACAGCCACUAGAGGCUGGAUUAACCCUCAAUGUAAACAUUCAGCUGCAGGGUUAAAACUAGGGGGACCUAGCUGAAGUGGUCUGGAUGCCUAUAGUGGUCCUUUAAGAUAUACGUUCCAUACCAUAGCUGACAUGGAGUAGUUUAGCUAUCAUGCCCUUGACUUUUAAAUUUCAACCUAAAUUCACUUAGAUUCACUUAGAAUUUGCAAACAAUCCUCACUUCAGUGAAUAAAACUGGGUGUAUAUAUAUUAAAGUUGAGAAACCCCAUACAAUAGUAUGCCAUCAUCCCUUCAGAUCCAUUUCGCACAAUAAAGGAAUGUCACUGUAGAUCCUCAUUUAUAAUCCACUUUAUAAUCACAGCAUUGUUUCUCUUCCCUUCUAGAGAGUUGGCUCUAUUGAUUCUAAAUUCCCAUUUUCUAAUCCAGCAUUCAUCCUACAAAUGCUGCUACAGAGCUGUAAAGGACAAUUUAUGCAAAAUAUUAUAUUCCUUCCUGUGUGAGUGCUACUGAAUGAAUGGCUUUGAGUGUUCUUUUUAACCCAUUGUAUGUGAGGGUACCAGAGUGUUCCUUUAACCUUAGAGUGUCCGAUAUAUAAAGCGGAGGAACAAUUACUUAUUGGAAAAUCAUCUUGUGUCCAAACUUUGAUUGAAACACGGUUUCAAUGAGUUAUAAUAUUUUUGAAUCCUCGUAUUAACUUUUUUUUUUUUUUCCAUGUGUAGCUUGCAGGAGAAAAUAAAAGCCAUUCUUCAGGCAACAUUCACACAUUCCAGGAACCUGGCUUACUUUGUGUUCACCUAUAAAGGGCUCUUGGCUACACAGGAGAAGCUUCAUGGGAGCCGGUGGCAGUUCCAUUCAUUCCUGGCUGCAAUGGUUGGUGGCUGGCUAGUGUUUGGUGAUAACAAUCACAUCAACAGCCAGGUAAUUUAUGUAUUUUUAAAAUUUAUUUUUCUACCCAUAUGUAGGCCUAUAUUAUUAUUAUUUUUUUUUUUUUUUAUAUAGCGCCAUCAGAUUCUGUAGCGCUGUACAAUGUAAGUCAGGUUAUUAUCUGCUUGAUUUGCAUAUGAUGACGCAGUGGGAGGAGUUCUCAUUGAGCUUUACAUAUUCUUAAACAGGAUUGUUACAAUCACACACACACACGGCAGAUGUGUUUUGCCAGUACUACGCUGAUAUAAAAGGAUUACCUAACACCUGGUCAUGAAGAUGUUAAGGCAACAUCACAUACAACAUAAUCAUCUUUCCGAUUUCACCAGUUUUAACAUAUCAAAUUGUCAGAAAUCCAUUGAUUAGUUCAGUUUUCUUGCCUCUAAAGCUAUGGUACAUUCAUAAACAAAAUAGAACAGGAAGUCUUUGAGCUCUUCCUGACUUGAUGCUACAGGAUGUCCCAGGUGUGAAGACUGCUGCAAAGUAUAGAUCUGUCUCUAAAAUACCCAGAAACAACAUCACAAGAUCCUGAUAAAGACAGAAGGAUUAUUUUUAAGAGGUUAAUGUGACAUUAUUUAUUUUUUGUAAUCCACAAGAAUGUUUUAAAAGGGAUGUAUGUGGAAAAUGCACACAAAGGUGUUUUGUUUUCAUAUUAUAGCAGCCCUGCAGUGAUUUUUUUUUUUUUUUUUUUUUAAUGCCCCCGUACCUUAUUUCUUCCUUGUGUCGGAUCACAAAACCUGGGCGCAGCCAUUUUAUUCUCUGUCCGUCAUAUCUCCUGUUUUGCAAUUCUCUGGGAUUCUUUUUAUUGACGGUUUGUGAGUACGUUUUACUGGCAAUUGAAACAGAACUUGGCUAAGUCUUUAAUAUUCCUUAUGUAUUUUAUGAGUACUUUGGAACAUAUAUAGAAAGGAGCUAUAUAGAAAGUGAUUUAAAUCAAGUCUAUUUUGUUGACAGAGCUGCUUUAAACUAGCAACAUCCUAUUCAGCCUCAUUAUAAAUGUAUUUUUGCUUGGGGUCUGGUGGAUAAGUUAUAUAUUUACUGAUUUAGUUUUCUCAACAAACAGUGUUUGCAGUCAAAGUACAAUGCAGACUGUUAGCUAUUAAAGCUAAAUUAUUUUUUUAAUGUGCAUUUUGAGUUGUCCCCAUUCUACAAAAAAAUUAAAUCUAAAAUUGUAAAAUCUGCAGGCAAAAAAAGAGCUACAGAACUUGGCCUCUCCUUUUGCUUAAUUUCCAACAGUUAACAGACUGUCAAAGGCAUUUGUGAAUACUAUAAAAUAUAUAUAAAAUUAGGGACAGACCAAUUAUUAGAGCCAAUAUUUCUGAUAAUCUGUAUCAGUCUUGUAAUUUACUGAUAUUAUCGAUAACUCGCUCACCUCUCCCAGUCACUGCACACCGUCUUUCACAUCAGGAAUCUCCAGCUGCCAACCAAUGAGGUACCUUCUUGCGACCUCAGGUCAACCCUCUCUGUGAGUCAGCAGAGCUCAGCUGAAGACAGAGAGGUGAGGUGGUGAAUAAUCUACUGUAAUGUACUGGGUUGGCUGACUGAGAGUGAUAGGAGUGUGAUUGCAAUCAGACAACUAUCAAUAAUAGCCCUCUACAUGUUUGGAUCUCAGUUAAUGCCAGAUUUGUGUAGAAAUAGUUUUUUUUCCAAAACUUUAAAUGUGCACAAUAUUGACACCAGUAAUUGUGUGUGUGGGUUUUUUUUUUUAUAUAUAUAUAUAUAUAUAUAUGAGAAGGCGGAGCCGGUAGGCGAAGCCUGUAGUUGUGGGAGGAGUUACCCGGCCUAUAAAUACAGACCUCCCCUUCAUCUGGUCUGAGACCACCUGGUUCAGCCCACCUGCCACUCCCUUUUUUAAAGCCAUUCAUCUUGGUGGGCACUCUUUUACAGGCCUCCCCGAACGUCAGUUCUGGCACACCACAACUGACUUACUCCACCAUUACUAUAACUCUGCUUAUUGUAUCCGACCAUGAAUAUAUAUACUAUAACUUCAGGAAGAAGGAACAUGAGAAGUUGGACAAAUACCGAGGACUGCAAGAGGAGUUAGAAAGGAUAUGGAAAGUGAAGGCGGUAGUUGUCCCAGUUGUGAUAGGAGCACUCGGGGCUGUGACUCCUUUGUUGAGGGAGUGGCUUAAACAGAUUCCAUGUGGGACAUCUGAGAUCGCUGUCCAGAAGUGUGUGUGUAUAUAUUUAUGUAUAUACAUAUAUGUGUAUGUACUCCUACAUGUUUGUAUUAGGAUCUAGUGAUGUAUAACAAAGUGCUUUGUAAUAACAUAUUUCCUCUCUUCCUCCUGCAGAUCAAUAUGUACUUAUUGUCACGUGUCCUCUUUGGUCUGUCUCGACUGGCAGUAGAGAAAGGCUAUAUCCCUGAACCCAAACAUGAUGUGUUCCCUCUGUUCUCUGCCUUGGUUUGGGGUUUUGUGCUCUGGCUGUUUGAAUAUCACAGACACACCCUUCAACCAUCUCUGCAGUCCUCCAUGACAUACUUGUACGAUGACAGUAAUAUCUGGCAUGACAUCAGAGACUUCUUAAUAUCCAACAAGGCCAAACCAACCAAAUAACCUCUUUAGGUUUUUACAGCAGAGGUAGCUAACAUUUGUGGGUCAUCUUCAAUCAGAUACUUGAUGCUGUAAAUCAACUACUCUUGGUGGAGCCACAUGUUCCCUAUCCCUGCAUUCUAUGUCCUAUACCACUUCUUGCAAAUAAAUACAUAAAUUACUAGGUACCCUCCUACCUGGUAAAAUGGCAAAGUGCUCAGGAGUAAAAUAUUUCCAUAAACGCAUGUAUUUCAUGAAUGCUAUGUUUUUAAGAUUUGACGGCUUAGUGGGUAGAGUUGUUCGGAUUCCAUCUCUUAUGUGAUUCUUAACAGAUUAGAUCAACUGCUGGUAUGAAAAGAAGAUAUGUGGCAACUCAUUCAUCCCUUUAUAGGUUCUCUAAAGGAUUCUUCUGGACUUUCCAAAAAAAUAGGUUUUGUUUAUCUGUAUGCUGUUAAUUCUCCAGAUUUUAAAACCACACUUUUAACCCUGUUAUUUUUUUAUUUCUUCUUGAAACUUGGACCUCGAUUGAAUAAGCUUUCCGAAUGAUUCAAUACCGUUUAUCCACAAAACUUACCCACUAAUGUUGUCUGCUGUAGAUAAAUUAUUUGGAAUGUUUUUCUAAUCAUAUAGAAUCAUCUGAAAGCAAAUUAACUCAAGACCUUAGUAGGUUAAAGAAAUACCUGAAACUCAUAGCUAUGUAGUUACGUACAUGAUGCAUUUCUUUAACAUAAUGUCUAUUCAAAACAUUCUGUGUGCACUGUAGUAAAUUUAAGAAGAGUUUAGAAUUCCAAUUUUAUUCUCUGAUGUCUGAUAUUAAAAUGGAAUUAAGUUUCCAUGCAUUGAUGUUUCCUACUAGAUUCACCCGACUAUUAUGCACAUUACGUAUACAAAAAAGGAUAGAUACUUGAGACAGGAUAAGACUCAACAUGAGUGCUUACGUCAGUCCUGUUCCAAUUUAUCCUUUUCACAAAUGAGAGACUCCAGGAGUCUCUCAGGGCAUAACCCCAAGUAAAUUACAAAACUACUGCACAAGUGUGUACAAAAGGUCACCUAAAGUGACACUUAGUACAGCCUGGAAAUAUAGGUAACAGUUGUAAAUAGUCUAUGUAUCCAAAUAUAACAAAUCACAUAAUGAGUACUAAAGGGACCAGAACAACUACAGCUUAUUGAAUUUGUUCUGGUGAGUCGAAUCAUUACCUUCAGGCUUUUUGCUGUAAACACUGUCUUUUCAGAGAAAAUGCAGUGUUCACAUUACAGCCUAGUGAUAACUUCACUGGCUGUUAGAGAUCCUUCCUGGGUCAUGGCUGUCUAAAAUGUAUCCAAACAUUGUGUCUCCACCCUCUGCAUGCAGACACUGAACUUUCCUCAUAGAGAUUCAUUGAUUCAAUUAAUCUCUAUGAGUAGAUGCUGCUUGGUCAGGGCUGUGUUUGAAUCAUGCUGACUCUGCUCCUGAUCUGCCUCUUUGUCAGUCUCAGCCAAUCCUAUGGGGAAGCACUGUGAUUGGAUCAGGCUACCACUUCUGAUGAUGUCAGCAGACUGCUUGUUUUUGGUUUGUUUUUUUGAGGCAAACAACAUACAGAGUUACAGCUUCUGGCUUGAAUACAGUAAGAUUUUGCUAUAUUUGUGGAGGCAUGAGGGGCCCAGGGGGGCUAGAUGGUGGUGUUAACAAUAUAGGGUCAGGAAUACAUGUUUGUGUUCCUGACCAUAUAGUGAUCCUUAAUGAGUGAUCCUGCAAUAAAGUAAUAUAAAAGUAUCUAUAAAGACAACCUCAGAAGGUUAACUCCUAUGUCUGAGUGAGGUAUAUCUAUCAAGGGUGCUUUCUUGGUAUAUUUUAUUUGUUGGGCCAUGGGCAGACAAAGGAGUUAACCUUCCGAGGUUGUCUUUAUAGAUACUUUGUAUUACUUUAUUGCAGGAUCACUCAUUAGUACUUAUUAUAGGAUUUUGUUAUAUUUGGAUACAAAGACUAUAUACAAUGGUUACCUAUAUUUCCAGGCUGUACAUAAGUGUCACUUUAGGUGACCUUUUGUACACACUUGUGCAGUAUUUUUAUUAUCCAAAUUGGUCUACCCCAAGUGGAUUGUACACAUUCUGGUAAAUUAACCUCUUGGUCACAUGCCACCAUGUUCUUUCUUAUCAAAUCUGCAACAGUUAUUGGAAUGGCUUCCAACGGUAGCCAUAAUUAAUAGAAACAUCCUAGUUUGUUGUAUUUUGAAAGACCGAUAUAAUAACAAUUAUAAACCUUAAUAUAUAGAGGACUCUAACCAUGAAAUACAGCUCGAGUAUAACCAAUUCGAUUGACAAAAUAUUUGUUACCUGCACUCAGCAAAUGAUACUCUUUAUCAGCUUUGAAAGAAAUAAUAUAAUCUAACAUGUUAGGAAUAAAAACGGCCAUCCUGUGCUUUGAUCUGCUGGUACUACAGCAGGUGCUUUAACCAACUAAACUAUCUUUCCAAAUAAAAUAAGGUUGCUUUAUUAUUUCUUCAGUGCUGGUAAUGUAAUAUGACACAACUUACAAUUUCUAGUCCUAUGCUACUAGCCAGGCCAUAGCAUACCCUCCAGGGUGAAUUUCUACUUGCCAGGGCUACAUGUACACAUGCCAGGGGCUAGUGGCAAGUUGAAAUUGUGAACCCUGUGAAUGGGACUUUGAGAAGGAGAACCUGUAUUCCAGGCUUUUUACAGUUAAAUGAGUGUUCUGCCCACUAGAUUUUAGCCUAUGCAAAUGUUGGAUAACAUUGUUACUAGAUGUUUGUGAAUUUUUAUUCUUAUGAUGCUUCUUCAACACAAUUUGAUGGGUACCACAGGACACCAUGUCUGAUCUACAAUAACUAUACCUUCACAUGGUCAUGUUUAGAAAUAAGUUACUAAUUUUGACGGAUCUGCAUGUGUUUGUUGCAUGACUGUUAGGAAAACAGAAAAUGUGGGAUACAUGGGGGGGAAGGAAAAUGUGUGAACUAUGCAAUGAACCAAUAGUGCAAUCCAGUUAAAUACUAAUGAGAAAUAGAUAUAGAUAACAGCCUACCUUUUACAUAAAAAAAUACACUGGGCAAAUAAAAAAAAAAUUAAAUAUGUGAAACCACUUACAAAUACUAUACUUGAAAUUCAGGCUUUGAGUAUAAAGUGGUUUGUAUUAUUUAAGUAGUAUUUGUAAUCAAUGGAUUUGUAAAUGGGCCAGGAGGACAGCAUGCAAAUUGCUCAAUCCAGAAACCUUUUCUUUGUUUUAUUUUAUGGCCCUUUAUUGCAUAUCAGGAACUGCUGAAAAAGGAUUAACCUUGAACCAGUACUGGUUCCAGGAAUGGUUGUUGAGAAGACCAUUUUAAGCCCUAAGUUAAAGGAUCACAAAGGAUCACAAAGAUGUAUUCCUAACCCUAUAGUGCUAAACCCACCUUUUAGGUGGCUUGCCACCCCUUACCCCCCCUUUAAAAGUUUAAAACUCACCUUAUUUCUAGCACUGCGUGAGUCUGUCUGCACUGGUUCUCCCUCCAUUGUGACAUCAAAAUGGCCAAUUUUUAGCCAAUCCAAGGCUUUCCCCUAGGUAAAGGAUUGGAUUGGCUAAAAUCGGCACGAGGACGGGCCCAAAUGCUGUUUUGGCCAAUCAGGACCUCCUCAUAGAGAUGCAUCUCUAUGAGGAAACUUCAGCGUAUCCAUGCAGAACAGCAGGGCUGCUUACUGCGCAUCUCCGUCUAAGGAGUGGCCACUUGGAGGUGUCUCUAGGGGCAGUGUUUACAUGAAAAUGCCUGAAGGGAGCUAUUAUACUCACCAGAACAGCCACAUUAAGCUGUAGUUGUUCUGGUGACUAUAGUGUCCCUUUAAGUAAAAGGGAUGCCUCAGAGCAAGUCAAGAUGGCCUUUAGACAAAGUAUUGUAACUUUGUUUAAAUAGUGAAUCUCCAUGAGGUUUUCUCACAGUUAGAAUUUUUGGUUUUGUAGCACUGGACAAAUAUCUACUGGUAACCAUGAAUGUACCCUUACAUUAUAGCACUGAUUCGUUUGUUAGGUGUGAAUCUCCAUAAAUGUAUAUGGUAUGAUAAUUUGCACACAUAUUAAUGCAAUAUUUUAUACACUGAUAUCGGUGGUGUGUUUACAUUGUAAGGCUUAAAAUUUGAAAUCCAACACUACUAGGCAGCCUUUAAAAGUAAGGGGGUUGAAUUUCUACUCACCAGGGCUUCAUUUCUGUUCGUCAUUUGCUAGCCAUACUUCGCGAGUGUCCCUAUUUUGAGCCCAAAUCCCUCUGUCCCUCUUUGCUCGGAGCUCCAUAUUGUUGGUGUGUCUGAGUGAGUAUAACAUAGCUCCACAGCAAUGACACUCACAGUAAUGUGUCUUUAAACUACAAUAAAUAUGUUUAGAAACCAGUCUGUGUAAAUAAGAUACACUUUUCUUGUUCUAAAUUACAUUUUAGUUGCAUAAAUUAUUAGUAAGUCACCUAAUUUUUUUUUUUCAGAACAGAGCUGGCCACACCCUGGCUCACAGCUCUUAACAUAUAGUGUCCCUCUUUGGCCAUUUGAAAUAUUGGAAGAGGUGACUGGAAAUUUGAACCCUGUUGUACAUUAUAUAUACUUUUUUUUAAAUAUAUUUACACACAACAGACACAGAAGAUGGUAUUUAUAUGCAUUACAAAUUAUACUUGACUUCAAUAACUGGGUAGAAGGACAUAUCAUUUAGGUCAUUUUUUGUGUUAAUCAUCUGGAUUUGUACCUAUUCCUAAAUUGCUGGGAGGGGGGGAGGGUUAACUGGUAAGCUUUUUGUAAUCCGCACUGUGUCAUAAUUUGUACAGUUUUCUUAAUUCACACAAAUUGUACAUUUGUUAACAUUUUUUUUUUUUAAAUAAAUUUAAACAUUACUUAU